GCUGCAACAUGCAACUUUUCUACUUGCUGCUGCUGCUGGGCAGCUGCUUGGCCAAGCGACAGGAUCGUGGACAUUUUGAUAAUCGCAUUGUAGGUGGCGAAACUGCUGAAGUGGGCUUUGCGCCUUAUCAGGUCUCGCUGCAGUAUGAGCUGGCUGCACAUAACUGUGGUGGCGCUAUACUAAAUGCUCAGUGGAUUAUUACUGCAGCACAUUGUGUAGCGCACUUUCCACCGGAGCGUGUUAUUGUUAUAGUUGGCACUAAUCAGUACGAGCAGCCAGGCGCAGUGCAUCAUACAGCUCAAAUCUUUGUGCAUGGCUCAUACGACAAGCCCGAUAUGCAUAAUGAUAUAGCGCUGCUCAAACUGCAGCAGAACAUCACCUUCAAUGCCUUGACGCAACCCAUUGACUUGCCUGUUGCGCCGCUGCAGGAGCCAGCAGAGAUUGUCCUGACGGGUUGGGGUGCGCGUGAGCCAAACGGCGAGUCCAUCAAGCAGCUGCAAAAGCUGAGCAUGCGCUUUGUUAACUUAGCUGACUGCAUGGAUAUAUUUAAUCAUACCAAAAGCUUGGGCGUAGGACACAUCUGCACUUAUUCCAAGGAGGGCGCUGGUGGCUGUCAUGGGGAUUCGGGUGGUCCGCUAGUGAGUAAUGGACGGCUGGUUGGUCUGGUCAACUGGGGAUAUCCUUGCGCCAAAGGUCUGCCGGAUGUGCAGGCCAAUGUUUAUUAUUUUCUGGACUGGAUACGCAGAACGAUGAGCGGCAAUAGCAAGUGUGGCAAUUAAAUAAAGUUUUCGAAAAUAAAAAAAACAAAGU